AUGCUCCAGUGGGCAGAUAGGGCUCGAAAAAGUGUUGAGAAUUCAAAUAAAGGAACCAUUCUCCAGAAAAGAGAGCGUCUGAUGUCACAUUUGGAACCUUACAUCAAGGAACUGAAAUCGACAUAUUUCUACAUUAUUCCCAAUAAUAAGGAAAUUGAGUUACUUCCGGUUUCACCAUUCAUCCAAAGAACAUUUGUGGAAAAUCGAAAGGACUUCUUAUAUAAGUGCAUGUACAAGCAUUGGCAGUGGUCCACUCUCAGAACAGUCAUUCAUGCCACCUCUGAAAUGGUCAACCAUUAUUGCGAGAAGCUGGACCAAGGAAAGGCAAAGGCACUGAAAUGGAAUGAUGCCGUCCCAACGACCCGGCGGAUGAGAGGACAGAAAGCAGAGGAGAACAAUGACCUGACUCAAGACUACAAUAACCAAUCUCUACAAUGA